AAAAGAGUUACACAGAAUAAUAUAUCCCUUCUUGUUACAGCAAAACGAUCAUGGGUGUAGAAGGAAACACACUCGGGUUCAAGAUUGUAAAAAGUUUGAUUGUCCGGCACAAGUUAUCAUCACAGAAAUGAUAGAAUUUCCAGAGUAUCCGGUUGUAAAUGACACGGUGCGUAACCGGAAAAAGAAAUCCGCAGACCUUCGAACUGAUAUAUCUUCAGGAAAACAGAUUAAACAAACUUGCAAAUUUCUCGUUAGUAUUCCUGAUAUUAGCAGUCAUGAAGGUCAUAUAGUAACAAAGGAUUCCGGUAUAACCCAAAAAAUAGAUUCAGAAAUUGUUUCCAAAAUCGAUAUGUAUGUAAAGGAAGGUGUCACGGACACGAAAGAUAUGAAAAGAUUGUUGAAAAUACAUGUCAAGAAAGAAAUGUUUAAGGAAACAAAACUGCCAGAACCAUCAAAUAAAAGAUUUUACCCACGGAAUGCAACAAUACGUAACCAUGUAACUCAUAUUAGAAGAAAGUUGUGUCAUUCACUUAUCGAUCAAGAGUGCCUUCAAAAAAAGAUAAAAGAAUGGACAGAUUCAGAUCCAACCACUAAAAUAUACUUUAGACCUAAAGGUUUGUUUUUUGUAUUUGUAUGUCUAUGAUUGUUUUUUGUGUUUUAAUGUUAAGUUAUUACUAGUUAAAUACUGGUGUGGAAUUUUAAUGCUUUCCCUUUAAGGCACUAAUACUUCGAGUGAUGAAAUUAGUGAAACUGUAAAUGACUCAGAAGAAAGCGCUUCAGAUGAAGAUAUUCAGAAAAAUGUGAAACUUCCU